UCCAUUUGAUUUGAGUUCCUUGUCUUGAACCAAUUCCAAUGGCGAUGACUCCUUAUCUCCACUUCACAACAUUCCCAUCACUCUCUUCUCCUCUUCUCUUCUCCAAACCCCAUCACCCUCCUUUCUCUCAACCACCAUACCUCUCCACUCCUCAAUUCAACCGUUACACUUUUCUGUCCGUUUCUUCCCGCCAGAACCAAAAACCUUUUGCUGUGAAUUUCAGCUCUCAGAUUGUAUGUGCUGAAUCUUCUUCCUCCUCUAAUACUAGAGAGCCCAUGCUUCCUCCUUAUAACGUUCUGAUCACUGGUUCCACCAAAGGAAUUGGUUAUGCACUGGCUAAAGAGUUUCUACAAACAGGUGACAAUGUCAUUAUUUGCUCAAGAUCAGCUGAACGGGUUGAAUCUGCUGUUAAAAGUCUGCGAGAAGAAUUUGGGGAGCAGCAUGUGUGGGGUACUAAAUGUGAUGUUAGAGAAGGACAGGACGUGAAGGAUUUAGUUGGAUUUGCACAAAGAAAUCUGAAAUACAUUGAUAUAUGGAUUAAUAAUGCAGGAUCAAAUGCUUACAGCUAUAAGCCACUGGCAGAAGCUUCAGAUGACGAUCUUAUUGAAGUUGUAACUACAAACACCCUUGGUUUGAUGAUAUGUUGCCGAGAGGCAAUAAAGAUGAUGUUAAAGCAGCCUAGAGGGGGUCAUAUUUUCAACAUUGAUGGGGCGGGUUCAGAUGGAAGACCAACCCCUAGAUUUGCUGCAUAUGGAGCCACAAAACGAAGUGUGGUGCAUUUAACAAAGUCAUUGCAGGCAGAAUUGCAGAUGCAAGAUGUUAAAAACGUGGUAGUCCAUAAUUUGUCGCCAGGAAUGGUCACCACUGAUCUUCUUAUGUCUGGCGCCACCACAAAGCAGGCCAAGUUUUUCAUUAAUGUUUUGGCAGAACCAGCUGAAGUGGUUGCUAAAUACCUUGUUCCAAACAUUAGAUCAGUCCCUGCCAAUGGAUCAAUGAAGCCCACAUACAUUCGUUUUCUCACUGGGAUAAAAGCCUACUCACAGAUAUUCUCAAGAUUUGCUUUUGGUGCUAGAAGAAACAAAUAUAUGCUUGAAGAUUGAAGAUGUUCAAAGGUGGAAUUCAAUUGUUUAUUCUUAUGAAACCUGACUGAACUUUUUGUUGUUAUAUUUCAUGAUCAUUUCCAAUUUUGGUAUUCUUCACAAUCAAGCUAUCAAUUCAAGUAGAUCAUGUUUGUUUGUUAAA